AUGAAUCCAUCCUUCUUCAUCAUCAUGACGACGCACAAUGUCGCACCCAUGACGAUGAGAAGAUCUUCGGGGAAGCUGCUUGGAGUGUUCUCUAUGAUGCUCUUUUCCUUGUUGUUAUUUGUAAUUGCAGCUACAACGAUGAGAAGCAACGUUGUGGAGGCUAUCUUACAAAGUGAAGCCAAUACAUAUGAUUGGAUGAAAGAGAAUAUUGGAAGAGUCAUGAUGGUGGAGUCAGGAUUUUCUAACAAGGCUUUAAUAGUGGUUGCUAGUAAUAUGGGUGUUUUAGCUGGGUUAAAUGUGCGAACAGGAGAAUUGUUGUGGAGAAGAGUAUUUAAUGAAGAUGAAAGUAUCGAAAACAUCUACUCAGCAGGUUUUGAUAAGAUUGUUUCUUUGUCUAUUAACCCAGUCUCCAACAAGCGGUAUAUUAAAUUAUGGAGUGCUUUGGAUGGAUCUUUAAUAUUCGAUAGAGUCUCUGAAUCUAAUUUUAAUGAUGCCUUGACAACAUCUGGGCUUUUAGUUGUUUCUACUGGAAAUUCUCUCUCUUCUAAAGAUUUAAAGAAUGGUGCUGAAAAGUGGAAGAUAACAUCCAAAGACGAAAGCGUUUUUGCAAAGCUUUUUUAUGCUGGACAACAGUUAAAUGUCGUCCAAAUUGGAUCUGCUGAUUCUAGUAAGAAACCAGUGGUGAUACAGAGCAUAAAUGUUGAAAAUGGUGCUCUGACCACCCAAAAAACAUUCCAAGUUGAUAUUGAUGAUAUUUCACAGCUCAGCCUUGUUGCGAAUAAUGAGAAAGUAUGCUUUAAGACUUCUUCCAAGCUUUCCUGCUUGGUUUUAAGCACAGGCAACAUUAAUGAAGAAACUAUCAGCAAAGAGCAAGCACGUUCAAAGCUCAUUUUGGAUCAAAAUAAGUUCUACUUUGAAGAUGAGUUUGGAGUUAAAACUACAAAAGAAGGUCAACAAUAUAUUACAUCUCCAGUAUUACAACUUGGAGGUUCCUCGUAUUUUGCUACAGUGGAUAGUCAAGAUACAGACUCAGCUCAUGUGUCUGUUAAAAAGAGUUCUGGAGAGACUGUAUCUCAAUUUAAGCUUGAGCUUUCUCGUAGCAAUCAUGGAAAAAUCCAAAGAAUUUUCUUACAGCUCUUCAUGAACCAAGAGGCAAAUAACCAAUUAAUUUAUAGAUUUAUUGUGGUUUGUGAGGAUGAAUCAAUGAUAGGAUACAAAGAAAAUCAAAAGGUGUGGACAAGAGAAGAAGCCCUUGCGUCUGUAGAUGAUAUUAAGUUUGUUGAAUUUCCAGUCCAUCACACUUUAAAGCCUGAAAGUAGCGCACCUUCGUUUGUUAAUAGAUUACGUUUACAACUAGAGCAAUUGUCAGAAAUUGUUCAAAAGGUGUCUUCAUAUGUUAAUCAAUUGAUAGGCAAGAACAACUCCGAAGUCACCAAAGUUGAAGACGAAAGCCUAAAGUUUGUUCAAGACAGACUCGGAUUUCAAAAACUUCUGCUUGUCAAGACUAAAAUUGGAAAGCUUUUUGGCUUGCACUCUUCUGAUGGUCAUAUUGUUUGGUCACUCUUUGUACCACCAAUUGUUGAGAAGGAGAUUGACACCAAAGAUUUUAAACAUCACUUAUUUAUUACUAAGGAGCAAGUACUCAAGGAUGAUGUUAAAAUAAGAUCAGAGGCCACAAUUUUCAUAGUUGGAAAAACCAAAUCAGUUGCUCUUGUGCUUGAUGCUUUGAAUGGAAAGCAACUCACAAAAUCAUUACUUGGAUUCUCAUUCAACAACGUGGUGUUAAUUCCUACCACUACAGAGGGAAGAAUUCAUCCACUUCUUUUAAUUGAUGAUGAACUUAAUGUCAAAAUAUUUCCAGAAACAAGCGAUACUAUUAAGGUUGUAAAAUCUUUCCCGCUCAGCAUUCACUUUCAUACCAGAAACAUCAAAGAAGGCAAAUUAUAUGGCUAUGCAUGGAAUGUUAAUGAAACAAAAGCUUCACAGACAUGGUCUAUUUCUCUGGGCACAUCAAUUGCAUCCUUUGCUUCUCCACCAUCUUUAUUGAAUCAACAUAUUUACACUGGCAUCAUUGUUACAGCAUCCGGUAACGUAAUGUAUAAGUAUUUGAACUCAGGAAUGUUUGCAGUUGCCACUAUUGAAAAAGAAAGCCCUUCAGCGGAAUAUCCAGUUCUUCGUGUUUAUAUUAUUGAUGGAGCAACCGGAGAAAUUUUAUAUCAAAUCCAUCAUGAGGAUGCAUCUGGACCUGUUAACAUGGUCAUGGAUGAAAAUACUCUUCUUUAUCACUAUACCAAUGCCAGGCAAAUGAGAUAUGAGUUGACAUCAUUGGAAUUAUUCAAUAAUGGAACCGAAUUCCAAAAGAAAGACUUUUUGUCAAUCCUUAUGGAAAAGUUUUCAACCUCAAAGGAGAGCGGUGUCUUUUCAUCGUUUGGAUACAGCAAACCAACUGUGAGAAAGAAUAGCUAUAUUUUCCCUUAUGGAAUUAAAUCAAUUGGUAUUACAAAGACAACUAUUGGAGUCACAAACAAGCAAUACAUUGUCUCAAUGACCAAUGACCAAAUCUAUCUUCUUGAUAAAAAGAUGGUAGAUGCUCGCAGACCAAGAAAUCCAGCACUUGCUCCAGAUGAAAUUGCAGAGGGCUUACUUCCUUACAAUCCUUAUGUUCCAUAUGUGUCACUCAAUGUUGCAAAUUAUAACAAACCUGUUCACCGAAUACGUCUAAUUCAAACUAGUCCAUCAGUUCUUGAAUCAACCACUCUUAUGCUCUCGUCAGGUUUGGACGUUUUCUUCACACGGUUAUCACCUUCUAAGAAGUUUGACAUUUUGAACGAAGACUUUAAUCAUGCAAUGCUAAUUCUGUCAACUUUGAGUCUCUUAGUGCUUGUAUUUGUUGCUCGUUGGUUGGUCAAUAAGAAGGAUCUCCAACUCAAAUGGAGCAUGUAA